GUUUACCUGUCCAUACAAUGUUAGUAGAUGGACAUGAGCUUGAUCGCACUUAAAUUGGACAUCGUUUAUAAAACGGUCGGUAACAUUUCGGAUUAGACGGAACGGAUUCUCAGUUUGGGUUGUUAAAUGUUAAGAGGCGCAUCUGAUCAAAGUUCUGGUGUUUAGUAAGAUUAUUUUACACCCAUAACUGAUGAAUCUUACCGUUUAAUAUCAGUAGUAAACUUUGGGGGCUAAAAUACAUAACGUAUUGUGACUUUAUCGUAUAAAAACAAAUAUUUUACCUGUUCUGUCUAAAUUCAAGUCAGUUUAUUGUAAGCUUAUUAUUACAAAUAAUUAUUCUGCACAAUGACCAUGGACUCUGCAGUAACUAUUAUAUCUAUUCUCCAACAAAAAUGUGACACUUUAAAAAGCAAAAUUGCAGAUUUCACUCUGGUUAAUCAAGCCUUACAAUUGAAAACUUAUCAACUAUUGAAUUUCAUCAAUCGUCACGAAGAUUUCUCUGGUUUAAUUACAAAAGAAUACGAUGAAGUUUCUAACGAUAUUAAUAUUGUUCAAUCAGCCAUAGAUAGGUAUACUUGUGAACUGGAAGAUUGGAAAUCGAAACUUGAUCAAUAUACGAUGAUGGUGACAGCCGUGUUGAAUAACAGUAGUAAUAGUACAACUAACGGUAGUAAUCUUAAUAAUCUUAGUAAUAAUAACAAUGGAGAUGACAGUAUCAAUUUGACAUUGGGGUCAACUAAAUUACCUAUUGUUGCGUCAUCUCAAUCUCCAUCACUUCCAUCUGUGUUAUUAUCGUCAACUAAUUCACCAAUUCAAUUAGAUAAUUCAUCUUCUUUAGGAACUCUACAAAGUGUUAAUAAUACAUCGUCUGAGUUUAAAUUAACUCACCCAACAACAACAACAAAGUUACGUCUACGUGCACAUUUUCCAAACAGUCAAUUUACAUUAGUUGAAAUUAAAUCUGGUCAACAAAUCAAACAUGCUUUAGAAAAGAAAUUAUCACAUCGUGGUCUACACUUAGAACAGUUAAUUGUUUAUCGAUCACGUACAGGUCUACCAGUUUCAUGGGAAGAUGAUGCUGAACAAAUUGCUUUAAUUGGUGAAGAAUUAAUAGUUGAUUUUGCUCGACGAAAUAUCAAACGUUUAGAACAUCAUUUUCAAAGGAAGACAUUUUUUGAAAAAGCCUAUUGUAAUCUAUGCCAUAAAUCUAUAUUCCAUGGUGCUAUAUGUAAAGCAUGUGGUUGCGCUUAUCAUAAUCGUUGUCUUCCACGUGUGGAUAAGAAUUGUUUAUCUAAUCUAGAUGAUGAUGUUUUCUAUGUUGGUGAUCAUCUAAGCAGUCGGAACUCUUUGGGUACUUCUAAUUCAUCUAUACACGGAUCGAAUUGGUUAGUUUCUUCAAAUGCAACACCAGGCUAUACACAUUUCUAUCAUUUUAAUCCUGAAGAUCUAACAACAGUACGUGUAUUGACUAAUUCCACUGGAGGUGGUUACGAUAGUAAUAAUCUUCUAUUACAUAGUCAAUAUCUUCCAGCAUCUUUGGGAAGUGGAAGUGGACAUUUUCCUCGUCAGUGUUUAUCAUUAACCUGUAGAGAACGUUCAUCGUCAACACCAAAUGUGUCAAAUAAUUUGAUCCCACCAAAUCAACAAAGAAGUUUAUUUACGCCUAGUUCACUUGGAAAGCGAGAGGCAAAUAAAAUUAUUCAAGGAUCCCCUUUACACAUUGUCUAUCCAGUUACAAAUUAUAAUUAUACAACUGGUAAUGGAGUACCAGAAAGCCCAUCAAUUCCCAGUGAUAGUUGUUUCUUAUCAAACCCAUCUAUACCAUAUAAUCAAAGAUCUGGCGGUGAUCCAAAACAAUCUAUCAAAGUAAAAAAUAGACGUGGUUCAAAUGAUGAAUGGGAGAUAAAUGGACAAGAAAUUACUAAAGGUCCAAGAAUUGGUUCUGGAUCAUUUGGUACUGUAUUUAAAGGUUAUUGGCAUGGAAAUGUUGCUAUUAAAGAAUUGAAUGUUGUUGAUCCUACACCACAACAAUUGAAAGCUUUCAAAAAUGAAGUCAGUGUAUUGAGAAAAACACGACAUGAAAAUAUUCUUUUAUUUAUGGGUUGUGUCUCUAAACCAUGUAUAGCUAUUAUCACUCAAUGGUGUGAAGGUUCCAGUUUGUAUAAACAUCUUCAUGUGUUAGAGCAUCGUUUUGAUGUUCCAGAACUAGUCGAUAUUGCUAAGCAAACAUCACAGGGAAUGGAUUAUUUACAUGCUAAGAAUAUAAUACAUCGUGACUUAAAGUCAAGUAAUAUAUUCUUACAUGAUCGUACUGUGAAAAUUGGGGAUUUUGGUUUGGCCACAGUGAAAAGUCGUUGGUGGAAUACUGGUUGUCAACAACCAACUGGAUCUAUAUUUUGGAUGGCUCCUGAAGUUAUUCGUAUGGAAGGUGAAACACCUUAUACUAACCUUUCAGAUGUAUACGCAUAUGGUGUAGUGAUUUAUGAAUUGAUCACUGGUCAAUUACCUUAUUCUCAUUAUAAUAAUCGUGAUCAAAUUUUAUUUCUUGUUGGUCGAGGUUUAUUGAAACCUGAUCUAACUGUAUGUCGUGCAGAUAUUCCGCAUCAAUUACAUCGUUUCUCAUUAGAUUGUUGCAGUUUUCAACGUGAAAAUCGGCCACCAUUCUCUCAGAUUUAUCCAUGUUUAGAUUCAUUAUAUCGUUCAUUACCAAAAUUACAUAAAUGUUCAUCAGAACCAAAUAUAAAUGGUGUUAUAUCACGUGGCAAUGUAACAAUUGGAUCUUCAAAUAAUGAACGUUUAAUUAUGGAUGAAUUUAAUGAUAAACGUAUUAUUACUAAUAAAUCCGCUACAGUGACAACAAACUAUCUAAGUUUAUCCCCUAAAACACCCUUUAAUAAUAAUAAUCAUAAUAACAGCAGUAAUGAAUUGUUCUUUACAAAUCGUAAACUAACCGAUACUACUACUAAUAUGACAUCACAUUCAUCAAGUAAUAUAGAUAAACAAUCUACAAAUACUACAAUAAUCACUGACCAUUCAUCAUCAUCAUCACCUUCCCCACUUCAUCUUUCUGAUGAUACUAAUACUACUACUACUACUGCUACUGCUACUACUACUACUACUACUAAUAAUAAUAAUAAUAAUAAUAAUACAGAAGAACAUGUUGAUCGUACCCUAUCAUCGUCUAUCAUCCAUGUUACAUCUUCUUGUAGUUCUUCACCACCAUCACCAUCAUCAAUUGUAAAUGAACGUACAAUAUUGAUUGUAGACAGUAAAAUUGUAUAGAAAAAAAGUAAGAUCGUGUUUAUUCAUCAUUAACUUUUAUUAUUUUUAUUCUAUUCUUUUUUGUUUCAUUGUUGUCAUUACUUACUUACUUACUUACGUCUGUUACCCCUCGUCGAGGAGCAUAGGCCGCUCACCAACAUUCUCCAACUCCGUCCUGGGCCUUCCUUUCCAGUUGUUGUUGUUGCGCUAAUCAAAUUUCUUAUUAUUAUUACUUAUUCAUAAGAUGAUAAGUAAAUUAUUGAAAUAUUUCUAUCUUUUCUCUUUACCUAUUAGAUUGUAAGCUCAAUGUGUAAAUCUCUCUUUCCUCAGAUACACAAUACGCACAUGCGUAUCAUAUUACGUAAUAAAUAAGUUACAUUGUUUCUUUUUUUUUCUUUUUACAGUUUUAUAAACUGUAUAAAGCUUUCCCUUCCCCCUCCCCCUAUUUACUAUUCCUCAUUGUCUCAUCUGUGAUAGAUAAUUGUUUGUUUUUGUUGUUGUUAUUGUACAGCUUAUACUUUACCCUUCUGCCAUAUAUGGUACUUUUUUUUAAAUAUUUUCAUAUGAGAAGAUUCUUUUCAUUGAUUUUUUUUGUUGUUGGUUUGUUUGUUGGUUGGUUUCUUUCUAUAAAAUCUUGAACAAAACCAUAUCGUUUUUCAUUUGGUUAUUUAUUUUUCAACUUUGAUCAUAAUGAUUUCAAGUUUAAUUUUUUGUGUUUUUUUAUUUUGUCAAAAGAAAGAGAUAUGAUGAAUG